AUGGAGGUUGAGUCAGUCAAGUGUGAGUGCUGCGGGCUGCAAGAGGAAUGCACCGAGGGCUACAUAAGAAGUGUGAAGGCCAGUUUCGACGGCAAAUGGCUGUGUGGACUCUGCUCUGAGGUGGUGAGAGAUGAGUCAAGCAGGGAGAGGAAGAAGAGCAAUGCAGUGGAGGAGGCUAUAAGGGAUCACAUGUUCUUCUGCAGUAAAUCUACGUCGAAUCCAGCAGUUGGGGUGGCUGAUGGCAUGAGACAGAUGCUGAGGAGGAGGUCCGGAGAGUACGAAUCUACAUCGAAGCCACCUGCAGUAGCAUCUCCAAAGAAAUAUGGAAGGAUGGGUGUUGCAUUUGAAUUGAAUGACUGA